AUGCGCAUCUUGUUAGAGCUACAACCCAACAAAGCACCAACGCAACCAGCUCAGUUAGCCAAUCUCAGUCUAAACGGGUUUCCUUUCAACUUCAUGAACGGAAUGAUGCCUGGAGGUCUUCCUUUGGUUUAUGAUCCAGCUGUUUUUGGGACACCGGUGGCAAUGCUUCAAAUUCCCGAUACUGUCAAACUACGCAUCAAAACGGAUAUGACUGCCGGGCUUUCAUCCUCAAGAUUCACGCAAGAUGGUCUCAGCAUAGAUGAAUUGAGACAGAAGUUGGAGCCAGCUGAUGCGCAAACGUUAACCCAGAAGGAGAUCGAGGUUGGCUGGGCCUGUCCGUCAUGCACGAAUGUUUUUCAACAAGAGGUCCUUCUCAAGAAUCAUCAGCGAUCUGUCUGCCAAGGAACUGAAUCCGAGUUUACCCUGGUGCAAAUCCAUUACGAGUGCAAUUGUUGUUCCAUGAAAGUUGGGACACAAGCUGAAUAUUUGGCACAUUGUGAAACAACCGAACAUCGUUCAGCUCUUCAAACCCAAUCCACAACCGGUAGCUCAACUACAGCCCAAUAG